AUGCCAUUUGGAUUGAAAAAUGCGGGAGCAACGUAUCAACGACUUGUCAAUCGCAUGUUUGCCAGCCUGCUUGGAAAGUCGAUGGAAGUAUAUAUUGAUGAUAUGCUAGUGAAAACUUUGAAAGCCGAAGAUCACAUUGAGCAUCUAAAACAAGCAUUUGAAAUUCUUGAUGCUCAUGAGAUGAAAUUAAAUCCUCUCAAAUGUGUAUUUGGAGUCAAAGCAGGAAAAUUUUUGGGAUUCAUCAUUACACAAAGGCACAUUGAAGCAAAUCCUGAUCAAAUUCAAGCGAUACUUAAUAUUCCUUCUCCCACAAACAUACGAGACGUACAACUACUGCUAACAGAAGAAAACAAUCGGCAACAUGCAGUAUAUUAUGUUAGUCGAAGUUUGCUAGAUGCUAAGACAAGCCCAGGGAUGAUAGAUAAUGCUCAAAAAGAAUUAUGUCAAAACAACGAAAACGAUGAAGCUAUUUGGCAAUUGUUUGUUGAUGGUUCGACUAAUGCAAAAGGAAACGGCUUAGGUAUCAUCUUAAUCUCUCCACAAGGAGAUCGAUUCUCUCAAGCUAUUAAUCAAGUCCUUAGAGAAGAGAACCAACAAGCUGAUGCGCUGGCGAAUUUGGGAUCAGCAAUCCAAGUGCAAAAAACUCUGAACAUCCCAUUGAUUUAUUUGGAAUCAUCAGCAAUAAACAAACAUUCCAUGGUGGAACAAUCGUUCGUUAUUACUGAAGAUGAUGAUGAUUGGAGAACAUCAUUCAUACAAUACUUGCAGGAUGAUGUGUUACCACAAGAUAAGAAUGAGGCCAGAGCACUACAACAUGAAGCACAAUAUGCCCUAGCAGAGUUGCAUGAAGGUAUCUACGAAAACCAUUCAGGUGGCCAAAGCUUAGCCAGUAAAGUCAUGCAAACUGGUUAUUAUUGGCCUACGCUUCGUGGCGAUGCAGCCAUAUAUGUGGCUAAAUGUGAUAAAUGCCAAAGAUUUUCACAAAUCCCACAUCAACCACCAACGGAGCUGGUCCCAAUUUCAUCAGUAUGGCCUUUCAUGAGAUGGGAAAUGGAUAUCGUCGGAAAGGUUCUCCCAGCUUCAGGACAACGAGUUUUCUUAUUGAUCUUAACAGAUUAUUUCACAAAAUGGGUGGAAGCUGAAGCGUAUAAACAGGUCCGGGACAAGGAGGUUAAAAGUUUCAUAUGGAGAAACAUCAUUUGCAGAUUUGGAGUUCCUUCUGAAAUCAUUUGCGAUAAUGGAUCUCAAUUCAUCAGUCAUAAACUCCAAGACUUCUGUAAUACCUAG